AUGACGUGUCCCUUUACCCCAGACCUCCCUUUCAGACCUCCCUCUUACACUUUGGGCCUCAGAAACCCGCCUCUGAAUCCCUGGCUAUGUUUGACCUCUCCACCCUUUUCAGCAGGGGCUGGGGGCCAAAGGAACCAGCUAGGCGAGGCGAGCAUGGAGAAUGGCGAAAGGAAGAAGCUGUCUUCCACUUCGUUGGAUGAAGAUCGGAAAGAAGAAAAUAAAUUAAAACAAGGAAUUCCCCAAGAUUUGUCUUCUUCCCCCAAAUUAGACAGAUACAAAAUAGCAAGACAAUUAACAGAAAAAGCCAUCAAGGAAAAGAAGAUUUUCUCCAUCUAUGGACACUACCCUGUUAUCCGGGCCACGCUGCGAAGAAAGGGCUGGGUGGAGAAAAAGUUUCAUUUCUUGCCCAAAAUUCUUCAGAAUGUUGAAGGUGAAGAUAAUAAAAGUGCAGAGACCAAAGAAAAUCAAGAAAUACCUUUGGAGAGAUUAGAUGAUAUCCAUGAUGUGAUGUCUAGGUUGGUAAAGAACGAGAUGCCAUACCUCCUCUGGACUAUCAAGAGGGACGUUGUGGACUAUCACAGUCUGACCUGUGACCAGAUGCUGAAUCACUAUGGGAAGACAGCAUCGUUCACCACCAAGAUUGGGCUGUGUUUGAACAUGAGGAGCCUGCCUUGGUAUGUCCAGGCCAACCCCAACACCUUCUUCCCACGUUGCUAUGGCCUCUGUACGGAGAGUGAGAAGCAGGAAUUCUUGGAUGACUUUCGGCGAACAGUGGCUUCCAGCAUCCUCAAGUGGGUAGUGAGCCACCAGAAUUACUACAGUAAAAUCAAAAGCAAGAGUAAGAAGGAGGAGGCCAAGAAUGGUGAUCCCAGCCCCCAAAAAGAACCUGAUGAUACUGACCUCAAGUUCCAAGGCCUCUCGGGACAGCUUGUGGACACAGCAUGCAAGGUGUGCCAGGCCUACUUGGGACAGCUGGAGCAUGAGGACAUUGACACAUCAGAGACCAGCACUGAAGCAUUGUCUGAGGAAGAAUGGAAUGAUCUGACAAAGCAGUACUACUUAUUGGUUCAUGGCAAUGCUUUCAUCCUUGAUUCGAGAAGCUACUUUUCACAGUGCCAGGCUCUGCUGAGUAAGAUCAGCUCUGUGAACCCUCAGACAGACAUCGACGGGAUUCGAAACAUCUGGAUCAUAAAACCUGCAGCAAAGUCCCGAGGUCGAGAUAUUGUGUGCAUGGACCGUGUGGAGAAUAUCCUGGAGUUGGUGGCCACAGACAACCAGAACACAAAGGACAACAAAUGGGUGAUCCAGAAGUACAUCGAGACACCGAUGCUCAUCUAUGACACCAAGUUCGACAUCAGACAGUGGUUCCUUGUCACAGACUGGAACCCUUUAACCAUCUGGUUCUACAAGGAGAGCUACCUCCGUUUUUCCACGCAGCGCUUCUCCCUGGACAAGCUGGACAGUGCCAUCCACCUGUGUAACAACUCCAUUCAGAGACGUCUCAAGAAUGACAAAGAACGCAGUCCGCUGCUACCUGGCCAUAACAUGUGGACCAGCACUCGCUUCCAGGAGUAUCUGCAGAAGAGAGGUCGAGGGGGAACUUGGGGCAGCAUCAUCUACCCAUCUAUGAAAAGAGCCGUCACCAAUGCCAUGAGGGUGGCUCAAGACCACGUAGAAGCCCGUAAGAACAGCUUCGAGCUCUAUGGAGCCGACUUCAUCCUUGGGCGAGACUUCAAGCCCUGGCUCAUCGAGAUCAACUCCAGCCCCACCAUGCACCCCUCCACUCCCGUCACAGCCCAGCUCUGUGCCCAGGUACAGGAAGAUACCAUCAAGGUUGUGGUAGACCGCAAACUGGACCGAAACUGUGACAUUGGCAACUUUGAGCUUCUGUGGAGGCAGCCUGCCGUGGAGCUGCCACCAUUCAAUGGGUCUGACCUCUGUGUGGAAGGCAUCAGUGUGAAGAAAGCCAAGAAGCAAAUGCCUCCCAUCACCAACCUCAGUUUCUCAGAAUCGCUCUCAGACACUCCGGUCAAAGCGCGGAGCCCCCGGGCCCUACCGGAUCCAGCAAUCGGGUCCUCCCGAAUGACCCUGCGGCAGGACUGGAAACGGGAAGAAGCAAAGGUACUUUCAGCCACCUGGUCUGUACCAGUAAUGGCUGCUGAGGGCAGAGGUCUAGCAAAGCCCUCUUACACCUUACCGGUUAGUAACUACCAACAUGGAGACAAUAAGGCCCCCAAAAGUACUUUUAGCAGAGCCCAGCCCACUAAACACUUGGAUCCAAACUUGACAAGUGUACAGCACCCUGCCCUGGUGCUGCAGAAUAUGAAAACCAUGGAGAGGCCCCAGUCUCCACCACCUGAAGCAUCAUCAGAUAACCUUGGGGAGCCAGUGCCUUUGUGUCCCUUCAUAUUUGAGGGAUUCCGGCUCCGUCCCAAUCUUCGAAGAAGACCUUCGAGCUGCAUUCUUCAGAGUAGGGCUCAGGGCUGGAUCAGGGGUAUGCCCUGAGAGGAUCUUCAGCCAAAGCGCACAAGCAGGGAUGGGGGUGGGGGAUGAGACACCUUGGCACUGCCCUGUCCAGGCACUAGGGUUUCUGGUAUUGUGCUGGUCGAGAUGAGCAGCAUAGUGGGGUUCUGUUGCAACAGUCCCAGUGGCACUUGCUUCCUCUAAGGUGGAGCCGGCAUCUGGGGAUAGGUUAUUGUGUUCAGGCAACACCAAGUAGCAUGGAUAGGCAAGGUGGAGGGAUUGCUGGGCUCUCGCACAUGAUUUCUG